CGCUGUCAAACGGUCACCGCCAGCAGUCACGAAGGAAACUCCUCCCUGCUGGCAACAAGCUCUCUUAGCGCAAUGGUCUCGUGGAUUAUUUCCAGGCUUGUGGUGCUCAUAUUUGGGACACUUUACCCUGCAUACUCGUCAUAUAAAGCUGUCAAAUCAAAAGAUGUGAGAGAAUAUGUAAAAUGGAUGAUGUAUUGGAUAAUAUUUGCACUGUUCACAACAGCUGAAGUGAUCACAGAUUUAUUCCUGUGCUGGCUCCCAUUUUACUAUGAGCUCAAAAUUGCUUUUAUGGUGUGGUUACUCUCACCAUACACAAAGGGAUCCAGUGUCCUUUAUAGGAAGUUUGUCCACCCGACUUUGUCCUCUAAAGAAAAGGACAUUGAUGAAUACCUGUGCCAAGCAAAGGACAAGAGUUAUGACACCCUGAUGCACUUUGGAAAGAAAAGCCUGAAUGUGGCUGCUACAGCUGCAGUGAUGGCUGCCACUAAGGGCCAGGGUGUGCUAUCAGAUCGUCUUCGGAGUUUCAGCAUGCAUGACCUGACCACCAUAGAUUCAGAUGGUCAGGUAAAUUCUGCUUCAGUCACCACUCAGCCUGCGUCAGGACAGCACAGAGCACGAUCCAUGAUGCGCAGCAAAUCAGAGGCAGCCUACAGCAAGAGCCCCGAGUUUGACAUAACAGAGUUUGAGAUGUUGAAUGUGGAGCAGUUUGAUUCUCUGGAGCCUUCUUCCCCUCUGACCCUCAAACCCACUCCAAUGCCAAGAUCCAUCAGCAAUCCGAGCCAGCCUCUUUCACCCCCUGAGCCUUCACAGGACAAAACUGAGGCCCCAGAGGUGCCCAAGGACAGUGAAAAAGAGGGGUGCGUCCCUGCCAACUCGGCUCAACUCAGACUGCUUAAGAGACGUGCCCCAGAGCCUCCUCCUAGAGCUUUAAGACCUGUCACCAGAUCCAGAUCCAAGAACACCCUAUCAGCAAACCCUGAGGCCAUGUGACUGUGCAUAUGCUGUGAGACUGCUUUAGCUGCCUUAGCUGCAACAUGAGGACACAGAAAAAGAGGAGACAUUGAGAUGUGUGUGCGUAUGUGUGGGGUUUGGGAGGGGGGAGGGAUGGAGGGUGCAGACAAAAGAUCAAAUAUUUAAAGCAGACUCAUCCCUAAUGAGGUAACCAAAGCGACGUGUGACCUUAUAGCAUCUGAUCUUUGACAUCUGAGGGGGAAAGUUUCAAUCGAGGUAGCACGUAUGUGGCGCCAUUUGAAGACUCUUAACCACUUAAAAGUUUGUGUUGUACAUAGUUACUGUAUGUGAAGAGUAUAUGUUUGCUUCCUUUUGUUUGUACGACUUUGGGAGAGACAGAAGCAUGCAUGUCCCUCUGGUGGUCUAACACAAGAGCAACAUUUGUCUCUGAGCACCUGUAGGCAUUGUACAGUAGCCAUGACCCUCACUGAUGAAGGCACUACGACGACACUUCAGUGGACUACUGUAAGGCUUUGUGCCGUUCAAUGCACUCAUAUGGAGCGUGCGUGGGCAUGACAGCAUCGUCCUUUCUGGAUACGUAGCCCAUUGAUAACGUCUCUCCACUAAAUCUGACAAAACUCUUGUCGGGUUGAAACGUCUCAGAGUUAAGCAGAUUUAUUUACAGAGAGAGAGUGACUUUUACAUGCAGGCUUGUAAUUCUACCAAAAAUUGUAUGGAAAAUUGUAAUGAAGAUAUUAAUCAUGUUUAUUUAAUUAUAUUUACAGGACAAAUGUGCAAUGAUGUUAGAAUAAGGUAGACUCUGUGAAAGCACAGACUGAAACCGAGCCACACUGAAGACAUUUUACCCCUGCUCUUUUUUAUUCAUGCUGUUAACAGAUAAUGUGAUCAUCCAUCACAAAAAAAAGAAAGACAAAUGAAAACAUGUCAGAAUGGUAAUUUAAGGCGAUUUAUCCAAGCAAAUAUUUCAUAUUCUUGAAGAUUUUGAGUAGCAUUCUUUAGAUAUUUUACAGUAGCAACUCUGAAUUACACAACAAGCAGAAUCAUUUUAACCUUCUGGUUUAUAGUGAAUAUUGUUUAUGUUGUUAGUUAAUAUUUUUUAUAAUAUAUUUGUUUCUUCUGUUUCUUUUUUAAAUUCUGUAAAUUUGAAUGUUAUUUUAGUUUAAAGAAUCUGAAUUCAUGUUUCACUUUUCUUAACUUUACCGUUUGCAUGAAAUCAGACGAAAUGUCGAUAGUCUGAAUGUUUUUUUUUGUACUUCUUCAUAACAGUCUGGAGUCUGCAGUAUUACUUUGUGUCUGUACACUACAGUGUGUCCCAAAUGUCUCCAUACACAGGGGACAUCGGUUGAGCCUUUGUCAGCAGAUGUCCAUGGAUGUCCACAACACGGUCAGGCUACAACAAUUCAGGUCUUUGUGUGUUUAUGUGACGUGCUCCUCAUGAUUACUGUCAAAGUCCAUCGCAAUCAUGCGACAGCUUCAUGAUCACGAUACGUCACAAUAUUGUUAUGCCAUUAUUAAGACACCAGACACCACAAGUGUACAGCUGAGCAAUUGAGGGUUAAGGACCUUGCUCAAGGGCCCAGCAAUGGUCCUAAUGGUUGAGAUUUCACAACCUUCCGAUCAGCAAGUCAACAUCUUAAGCACUCAGCUAAGACAUUUUGUAGAAGGUUUUACUGGAGACUUUUGGGAUACCCUGUAAUACUCAAUUAAGCACUGUUAAGAAUUAUAAAGCUGUGUGCUCUAUAACACACACUAGAUGGAGAAGAGUAUAGAUUUUUCAUUCUCACAGUCGUACAGUGGGCCCCUUAAAUUCUGAAUGCCCCUUAAAUUCAGAGCACUGUGGAGCCAGACAGCUAAAUUGACUGAGCAAUUCAAACUGGCCACAGCAUAUCAUGUCACUUCUUAAUAAAGAACGCUUCGAUUAUACAUUGCAAAAAACACUGACAUACUUAACUGCGUGGCUGUAACUGUUUCUGUGUUAAUGAAACUUUCUCAGAGUCAAUCAGCCUGGAAAUAUGAUGACAAUCUUAUCUCACUUCUCCUCUUUCCUCAUUCAGAUAUCAGGUAGCAAAAGCCCAUAUAGUCUCACAGAAACACAGUUGAAUUUUUUUUAUAGUAGAUAUCUUUCUCAGGUACAGUUUUGUUACAUCUUAUCACAUAUAAUCACUUUCAGUAUUUUAAUGAUCAAAUGUUAAAGGACAAACAUAAUGCAGAAGAAACAACGUAGAGGACUGAAUACUGAGAACCGUAAAUCACGACUGAUUUGAUUGUUUAGAGCAGAUCAUUCAGUAAGCAUGAUAUUUGCUCACUUAACAUUUUGACUUUGAAAUGAAAAAAGUAUAAACCGUGCAUGAGAUAUAUCAUUCUAUCAUUCUGUACAUGUAACCGUUCAAGUGCUCUGUGUGAAUCAUUGUCACGAUGAUCUGAUUCUACAUUCAUUAACACUAGUGCUAGUUUUUAGUUGAUUGUUGUUUCAGGAGUUAGUUAUUAAAGGCACAUAUCCUUAAAAAAAAAACAGGCUAAUUGAAACUUCAGUGUCUUGAUUAACCUUCAGUUUGAAUUCUUUCAUGUUCUCAAAAUUAUUUUUGAGCUGAAUUCAUUUUUUAAACUGUUCAUUGUAAGAACAAUUCUGCUUUGCUUUUUUUACACAAAUGACAAAGAAAAAUAGCCAUGAUUCAAGUAGAGGAUGUGCCUUUAAAGACUAAUAGUUACUAUUAUUAUUAAAUUAUUUGUUUGUUCAAACUCCUUGGAAGAGGGAGAAAUAAAGACAACGUAGCUAAGGAUGGACUUCAUAAGGGUCACUAAACCUUGCUUUCCUGUUAAUGAACACCACUGCACAGCUUGUAGCCCUCCUCAGUUACAAAUGUAUUUCAAAAAAACACAGCUCUCAUGUCUGGCAGGCCAGAAAACUCUCUCUUCCGCUGGUGAAUAAUGUGGGAAACGUAACAAUCUCCUCAUAUCUAUCUGAAGAUGUGUCACCAUCAGUUAAUAAAAAGGGAGACAGAACA